AUGUCAAGAUCAAAAAAUUUGAAAUGCAAUGAAAACUUAUACCUUUACGAAAAACUAGAUGAUCUCCGGACAUAUCUUAUAAAGCGAGGAGAAGAGCGCAAAGCUAUGAAUGCUAAAAGAAUAUUAUCCGCACUAAUUAAAUUCCCUUUGCCAAUAUUAUCAGCAAAAAUUGCAUCUUCCUUGCUUCAAGGAGUAGGGCCAUGGUUUGAAGCAAAAUUCGAAGAAUGGAUUAAAGAAAAGCCAAUCAAGCGUAAAUCGGAAGAAAUCCCUUCAACACAAGUAGAAAAAGUAAAAAAAUACAUCCCAGAACCUGGAUCUGAUGAAUGGAUUUGUCUUCUCUCUAUCUAUUAUUCAGAAGAAAAGAAAAUUUCUACUUAUGAUAUUGGCUAUAUAUGUGACCAAGUCUUAUCAGGCUAUUAUGAUAUUGAAAAGCCUAAAAGCCCAACUCAAGCUUUUCAAACUCUUAUAGAAAAUGGGCUCGUUGAAGAAGACUGCGAAGUUUAUUCUUUAACAUCCAUAGGCGAAAUUUUGACACCUAAACUAAUCAGCCAAUGUCCCAGAAAUUUUAAAAAAUAUUUAGCAAGCCAAGAAGAAAGAAAAGAAUUUGACCCUGAUUCCUGAAUUGAAGAUUCCAACGAUGCAAGCACAGAAGCAAGCAAUUCUAGUCAAAACUUUUCUAAUUUUAGCAUUGUAUUACUAGUAGACACAGCUGAAAGACUAUACAUGGAUUUUCAAGCGAUUAGUGAAAGACUUAUAAAUAGAAAUGUCAUUGUUGAAAAAUCAAAAUUAUGAAUUGGAGAUUAUAUGUGGCUAUGCAAGCUAGAACAAGAACCAGGGGUUUUUAUUGAUUUUUCGCUUGGAAUUGUAGUAGAAAGAAAAACUGCUGAUGAUCUUGCAAGCUCUCUAGUAGAUGGAAGAUAUGAAGCUCAGAAAAUCAGGCUAAAACAGGCUGGAAUAAAAUGCAUUUAUUUAUUGGAAGGCACCAAGCCAUCACCAGGCUCAAGAAUAUCUCAAGAUACCCUUUUGAAUGCCUUGGCAAGCACACAAUUUAACUAUGGGUUUCAAGUUAAAAUUACAAAAGAUUCGCAGGAUACAUUAAAUUGGCUAGCAAGAAUGACAGCAGCAUUACAGGUAGAAGUAAGUGGUUGGAGUCUUGAUAAGUUUGAAAAAUUAGAAACCUUUGAAAAUUAUUUUGAUUCAACAAAUCCUAAUGGGAAACUUACUGUUUAUAAUUUAUUUGGAAAGCAACUAAGAGCGCUUGAUAAUUGUGGAGAACAAGGAACCUUGGCAAUCUUAAAAAAUUACAAAACUCCUUAUAAACUUUAUAGAGAAUUAAAAAAUGCUGCUAGCAAAGGAAAGAGACACUUAAUCUCCCUUUAAAGUGAGUUUAAAUUAAUAAAAAUAGAUCCAUAAAAUUAUAAAUAUAGAGCUAACUUAGAUUAAAUAGUGCUCUCCCAUUUGAAAUAGAAAAAACUAUAGAUAAGUUUUUUAAUAUUGCAUGCGAAAUUGGGUAUCAAAAUUAUUAUUGUUUACUGUAAAAAUUAAAAUUAUGUUUUUUAAUUAAGAAAGCCGGCGUUUCAUCAUUUUUGAAUUGGAGUUAGCAAGAAUUUUAAAAGAAAUUAAACUGGAAAAUGGGAAUACUUUAUCUAAAACUCUCAGAGAACAAUUGAUCCAGCUGUUUUUAUGCUAA